AUGUCCGCAUCAACCGACGCCACCCCGGCAUCCAAUGUUCUUGGCACUAUCGGCACCGUUUUCUGGUGUAUCCAGCUUGUCCCCCAGAUAUGGUAUAACUGGCGACGGAAGAAAACAGAAGGGCUGCCUCCUGCAAUGGGGUUCUUGUGGGCUAUUUGUGCUGUGCCCAUGGGCGUGUAUCUGAUCCUACAGGAAGUCAAUCUCCCGAUGCAAAUCCAGCCUCAGAUUUUCGGGACUUUUUCGGCCAUUAUCUGGGCCCAGAUUCUACAUUAUGACCACAGUUACACCUCCCAAAAAGCCACAUUCGCGUGUGUUGGCCUCCUAGCGAUCAUGGGUGGGGUCGAAGCCCUACUCAUUUUGACACUAAGGAUCCCAUACAAUAAGGGCAUCACCUGGCCGGAUCUCCUGGUGGGUGCGAUAGCCACGGUACUUCUCGCUGGCGGCAUGCUACCAAUAUACUUUGAAUUGGGGAAAAGGCAAGGACGGGUGAUCGGAAUAAAUUGGGUCUUCUUAUGCAUCGACACGCUGGGAGGGCUCUUUUCAAUUUUCGCCCUUGUGGCACAAGGGUCAUUCGAUAUCCUUGGCGGGGUUAUGUAUAUCGUCGUUGUGGUACUCGAGCUGGGAAUUUACCUCAGCCACAUCAUUUGGCGCAUUCGGUUCCGUGAGGCCCGAAAGGAAGCCAAGCUUUCGGGGAGAAAUGUGGAGGACGUUCUCCGAAUGUCUAGCCCGGCCUAGUAGGCGACCUUAAAGAAUAAGCAUACGUCGCUCCGGUGCCAGCCUCAUGAACUGGAUCCACGUGAGGUCACUUUCUGGCAAGGCCCAGAACCGCUUCAAGAAGGACAAGACAUUCCGUCGGUCCAAUGUGCCGCUGACCUCCAUAACCAGUUCAAUCUCGUGUGCGACCACUUCCUGUUUCUGCGGGCACCCACGGCACUCGGUGCCUGCAAUGAAAAGCGGCCACACAAGGUCAUGAGCGAAUGAGUGCUUGUCAACGAGAAG